GGAUAACAUCAUCGAGCCCAUUAGCGCGACCUCACUUGAAUCAUUCGCUCAAGCUGACUGGUUCAAUGUGAGACAAGUCCUUUCGUCUUAUCUCCCCUCCCCAUCCCUUCCCUUCUCUUUUCCUUCCAAACUUAUUCUUCUUCUUCUUCUUCUGGGCUCCAAGUGAGCCUACAGUGUUUGGCCAUGCACGAUGGAAGCGGAUUAUAGACCGAAUGUCUAUGCUUCUAUCUUUAUUACCCUGCCGCUUGCUGCGCUGGUGCUAGUGCUGAGAUUGCUGGCGAGACGGACGACGCGGGCGGGUUAUGGGAUUGAUGAUUGGUUGGCGGUUGUUGCGUUUAUUGGAGCUCUCGCGUACUCGAUUGACAACCUAGUCUUCCUUUUCGGCUUCGGACUCGGUCGCCCGCUAAAAGAUGGCCCGUCGCAUCUUACCGAAGAAGAACGACUCGAACGAUCAUACCUCCUCAUUUGGCUGAGCAGCCUAACGUAUACCAUAGGCAUCGGCUUCGCCAAAUUCGCCAUCUUAACAUUUUAUUGGCGACUCUUCAAAUACUCUAGUUCGCGCAUCGCAAUCCAAGCUGUCCUCGUUCUCUGUGUCGCAUGGUUCAUCGUCCGAAUACUCCUGUUGACACUGUCAUGUAUGCCGACGUCAGCCUACUGGGAUCUCGCCCGACGAGCUACCCACUGCCAUGUCACGAGCAAUAUUUAUUUCUUCUCCACUGGUCUUACGCAUGCUGUUCUGGAUGUUGUUAUUCUUGUUCUCCCUCUGAUUGAAGUCAUCAAAAUGCAUCUUCCGCUUGGUCAAAAGCUUGCUGUUAUUGCCCUCUUUGGCUUUGGUGCUCUUGUUUGUGUUUUGUCGAUUCUUGUCAUCCAUAAUUCGUUCCAGUACAAUGGCAGUUCAAAAGAAAUCGCCCUCAAGAUCGGUUAUCACGGGUCUUUGGCUGCAGCAGAAUGUAAUCUCGCGAAUGUUUCGGGUAUAUCACACCAACCCAAUAUUGCGAAUCUCAAUUGACGCCCUCUAGUUUCGCUACCAAUGCUGCGACCCGUAUUCCGAAAAAUUGUCCCAUCCUCAUUUCUUGCUUCUCACAGAAGCAAGCGCGCAGUCGUCGACUCAGCAUUAUCACCAGAAUACGGCAUCAAGGGCAGUCGCGGCACUAAAGCAUCAGUACAGAACGGCUCAAGUUCUGUGUGCGAAUUUGUAAUGAAUGAUGAUAUCCCAGCGGGAUACGACAUUGAGGCUUCACAUGCUGGGUGGAGUUAUGGGACAGAGAUCACAAUUUCCAGUCCGUGGAGACAUCAAACGCCUCCACCGACAGUAAACGAGGGAUUGGAUGGGAUACAAAUAUCAGAAGAAACGACAGUUCACGUUGAACGCAUAGGGCCUUGUCCAUAAUCGGCUCAGUAAACGAAUAAAAUUAAUAUUGCUUCAUUGAUGUCAUAACUCUUUGCAACGUGAGGCAUCUCUUACUAGUAUCUCAGACUACAGCUUUGAAGGAACAUUCGAUGUAUCGCAUCCGCAACUGUCGGAAGCCUCUGCCUUCUUGUUCUCAACAAGAGUGCUCUGGUUCACGCUCUGCUCGCUAGGUGGCACGUCCAGCGCAGGGUUCUUUGUGAAGAAGUUGACGGGCUUGAGAUGCACCUUGAGAAUCUCAACCGGCAUGACAGGGAAGUCUUCGAUGCGUGGGAUGUGGUUGAUACCGAAUUGCACCCAAAGCACAAUAUCAGACUCCGGUGUCAGUGAUUCAUUCCUUUCUGCCCAAGUUCUCACGCCUGUGCCUCCACGAGACUGGUUGGUGUACCAUCCUCCCGCGUACAGUUCGCGGUCGCGAUGUGUGGUGACAUAAAUAUUAUGGUCUGCAAACUCAGCACGCUUAUGCAGGAAGCUGUCUUCAUCGCCCAUGAGCUUCUGGAAAGGCGGUGCCAUAAUCUUGUAGCCCACGGGCUUGCCGUUGAUAGGGUUGAGUGAGUUGGGGUUGGUGAUCUUGUAGACCCGACUAAGGUCAUAAUCGAUAUCCAAACCAGCUGUCUUGUCAAUGGUCUUCUCCACGACUUCGUAGCCAAUACCAUGAGGGUUCAGGUGAGGAUCACGAGGUAUUCUAUGGGCUUCGCUGUAUACCAGCUGAUUCGUAUGGCCGUCAAUCAUGGGAUCAACUCGUAAGGAGAAGAUAUGCUGAUGAACGCCAGCCAGGACACCAGGGUGUACAACGGUGCCAAAUGGCACUCCUGUCUUGUCCAGCUCGUGGUCAAUCGGCUGUGUAGACAGGAUACCUGUGGCGCGGACUUCAUAUGUGACCUCUCCUGCUUGGUUGAACAGGAACAUGAGGAUAUACUCAUAGUUCGAAACCGUGAUGAUGGACUGCAAGACAAGCUCCCGUGCCCGUACAACAGCAGCUCUUCCGGUUCUGUAGUUGGUGUGCUUCCAUCCAAUACCAGCAUCUUGCUCAUGAAUACAGAUCACGUUCUCCAUUGGCAACGGCCUUCCUUGAUCGUCGCAGAUCACACCACUGAGGUACUGAAUGCUGCCUAAGCAAUCACAGCCUAGCUUGAGGUUGUUUGCUGUAGCACCAGCACCGGCAUCACCCAAGUCAAAUGCUGACUUCUUGUGGAACGGGUGUCGUGGAUCACCGUAGGGCACGCUCAUGUCUGACAGGGAUAGUCUGUAGAAUAAGGGACGGUUGUCAUACUUGACGUUGU